AUGUCGGCACUGUCUUGCGUCCCCGCCACGUUUGGGAAUGUCUCAUUGAUCGGGGCGGAGAUCCUUUCUCUACAGGCAAAUCUUGUCGCCAAUUAUACCAUCUCUGUCCCUUCUUCUGUUCGCUUCACACAGCCGUCAAUUGAAGUGCAGAACGCGAGCUUUUGCAACAUCACGGUAACCUACACGCACCCAGGUCAAGGUGAUAUCAUCACCUUCGAAUCUUGGCUCCCCGCAGAGGAAUGGAAUGGGCGUCUCCAGGCUGUCGGGGGUGGAGGUUGGGUUGCGGGUCGAAGCGACCCCUUUUAUAGCGCCAUGGGCGGAGCAGUUGGAGAUGGUUACGCAACAAUUACAACUGACGCUGGGCUCGGAAACUCUUUCGACGUAAGUUCUUGGGCACUCCUCAGCCCCGGAAAUGUCAACCUCUACAACUUGCAGAACCUUGCGUCUGUAUCUCUUGAUGACGGCGCAGUCAUUGGAAAGUCUCUUAUCAAGUCCUACUACGGUCGCGGGCCAGACUACUCAUAUUGGAAUGGCUGCUCCCAGGGUGGCCGGCAAGGACUUAUGCUGGCACAACGCUAUCCAACGCAGUACGAUGGCAUUGCCGCCGGUGCUCCAGGGCAGUACCCUCAUGCUUGCGAAGUCACGACCAUAGCAGCGGCCGCGGUCUCUGCGUGUGAUGAUCUAGAUGGUGUGAAAGACGGCAUCAUUGGAGAAGUCGACGCUUGUCUAGAUGCCUUCAAUCCUUUCGAUAUGGUGGGUGUGGACAGCAACUGCACGGGGGCACCUACAAUCAGUCAUGCUGCUGCAGCUGUUGUCAAUACUACAUGGCAGGGGAUGCGUGAUUCUCAGGGCCUGCAGCUGUGGCCUGGACUGAACCCUGGUACCGACCUGACUGUCGGCGUCGCGGCGACAAAUUGUACUCCAGGGCCCUGCAGAGGAGUCCCUUUGUCUAUCGCUACGCAAUGGCUUUCUCUGUUUGUCGCAAGGGAUCCAGGCAUUAACACUUCCAACCUCAGUCAUGUCGAGUUUGACUGGCUAGCACACCAAGGGCGGCAGAGGUACAACUCAAUCAUUGGCACCGAUGACCCUGAUCUCUCUGCUUUUCGGGAUGCAGGCGGCAAGCUCAUUACCUUCCAUGGCCUCGUUGACGAGCUUCUCCCUCCGAAGGGAAGCGUCAAGUACUACAGCAGAGUUUCCGAUCUAAUUCCGGAAGUCCACGACUUCUAUCGCCACUUCGAGGUACCCGGCAUGGGCCAUUGCUCUGGAGGAAGAAGCGGAGAGCCAACUAGUCUGUUUGAUCAACUACGCGCGUGGGUAGAGAACGGCACCGCACCAGACCACACACCCGUCAAUGUCACAAUUCCAGAAGGAGACGUACAGGGCCGCAUCGUGUGUCCAUACCCGCAAAAGGCCAUUGUUGAUUCAACCUGUGAUAGGGCGCUAGGAACACAAUGCUGGUCAUGUGAAGGCAAUUUGUAA